AUGACAUCAUCAUUACAUGCAACAAUUCCUCACUUCUUGACAACUUUACUUGUAAACUCAAUUAUGAGUUUGUCACUAAGGACUUGGGCUCUCUCAGCUAUUUUCUUGGUCUUGAAGCUAUCCCAACUUCUGAUGGUCUCUUCAUCAGUCAGCUCAAAUAUGCACGAGACAUUCUUUUCUGAGCUCAAUUACUUGACAAUCUCUUGUCGACGCACUUCAAUAUUUGACCAUCACCUGCCUGACAUUGCUCAUGCUAUCAACUCUGUUAGCCAAUUCUUGCAUGCCCCCAUUGAAGAUCACUUUUUGGUUGUUAAGCACAUCCUCUGCUAUGUUAAAGGCACCAUUCACUUUGGCUUAAAGUUUUGCCUCUUCUAUUCUCCUAGUGCUCUCAUUGCCUACUUUGAUGCUGAUUGGGCAGGCUGCCCUGAUACUCGUUGUUCAACUUCUGGUUAUUCUAUCUAUCUUGGUGAUAAUUUGGUUUCCUGGAGUGCUAAGAAAUAG